AUGCCCCCAAAAGCAAUUGAGAGACCCAAAAGGACAAUUUAUCUCAAAAAAAGCCUAACUAGCCUUUCUGACAUCUCUUCCACAAACACAUCAACUGAAUCUUCCCUACUAGACACACCAGAACUCAGAAUCAACAAGAUAGAAGAACAUAUUCUAGACCAGGAGAAUUCAGAGUACGAGUUCCAACGAAAACCCAAUCGUAUCGUGGCCAGUCCUGCCCAUGACACCAACCAAACCAUCACCAAAGACAAGGAAGAUGCCAGGAACAACACCCCAGGUUGGUUCCAUGGCAAAGCCAAUGAAAAUGUGCAGAACUUCCUGCGUGAAGUUGAUCGGUACAUCAUGCUUAACAAGCUAAAAACUGAACAAGGGAAGAUCACAGUGUUCAGUACUCUCUUAUUGUCAGGAUCAAUCUCAGACACCUGGUGGAACAAGUUAGACAACACCACAGCAGGACAAGCAGCAUAUGACAACCAACUCAAGCAAUGGUUGGCAACAAAUGGGCAAACAAGACGAGUCACCGAGAAUACCCAAUUCCCACUUCGUCCAGGCAAUGCUAUGAUAUGCUCAGGGGAGUGUUUCAAAUGCAGCGCACAUGGACACAUGUCAGUGGACUGCCGAGUCCCAGAAGCAUCGCAGCUACCAUUCCAGGAGAAAAUCUGGCGUAGCUUAGCAGCAAGAGCCCUAGGGAACUUUAACCGGAUGAAUGCCACACAGAUCAAUGUAGUGUUUGAAGAAGAAUAUGUGCAGUGGGACCAGGGAAAAGGAUCAGGGUCUGACUUGUAUUCAACGGCAGAAGAAAAAGACAACAAGCAAUGGUACCUACCAUUCCUGCAGUAUACUUCGUUCCUAGGUCCACAAGGCAAAGUUGUCAGAGUCAAAGCAUUAUUCAAUGAAGGAGCAAUGAUGAGCAUUAUGUGCUCAUCGGUGUUCAACAAUGUCAAGCAUAGACUAUGGAAUUGGACUCCAUCAACAAAGCGUCUUUGUAUGGUGAACGGAGCAAUAGUUCAAUUGGAAGCUAUGUGGAAGGGAGAAGUGGUCAUAGGAGGAAGCGGAGGAGGCUGGAAGUUUCUAUUUGGGAAACCGCUACUCCAGGCAUUCAAAGCAGUCCACAAUUAUGAGGUUGAUGAAGUUCAAGUCACAGGUACCAGGACACUGUACAACCAGAUGCAAGUAAUAAAAGCAAGCAUCACAGAGGUUGAGAACGAUGAAGAAACUCAGUCGAAUGAACCUGAUAAUCUCCUGAAGGAAGUCCCCACAGAUUUCUUAGCAAAUGACAAGGCAAUAUUCAUGCGACUCACGAACCCACAUAACCCACUGCUCCAAUAUGGGCAGGAUCUCACACUGGAAGAACUAGAACAGGUGAAGGCGCUCGUCACGGAGUAUGCGGACAUCUUCACAUGUUCAUUAGGAGAAGUAUUACUAGUGCCCGGAGCAGUACAUCUUUUGAACAUACCUGAUGGAACAACAUUCAAUCUCCGAGUACACCAAUGGCCACUCACUCCCCCACAGACACAGUUCCUACAUGGCAAGAUUGACAAAAUGCUCGAAGUGGAUAUCAUAGAAUACACACCCCCAAAGGCAGUCAAAUGCUGUGCAAACAUGAUACUGGCAAAGAAAGUGUAUGAACAAGAAGGGAUGAUAUUAGAAGAGUUGCAGUACACAGUCAACGAACAAUGCUCACAAAAUGGCCAGCCACCAGCCUUCAUGUUACCAGAAUGCGAAGUCCCAGAAGAACCAGCAAGGGAGAGCAGCACUCUGAAACCGCAAAAAUGGAGAAUUUGUCAAAACUUCAAUGAAGUCAACUGA